AUGCCGAACCUCUCAAUCUUCGCAAUACCCGCCUACUGGGUCCUCUCGAUGGCGCCUCACGCCUACGCAAUUGGCCUUAUCAAAAAAGCUAAUAACGGUCGCUGGGACAACACCAAUCCUCGGUCUUCCAACUGGGACGACACGUUGCGCAAAUCCACCCCCGCCGAAGUAUAUGGCCGCUUCACUCGCGCUGAAGCCGCCCACAAUAAUGGGUUGGAAAACCUGCCUCUGUUCGUCGGAGCGAUCUUGGCCGCCAAUCUGGCGAAGCUUUCGACUCGGGAUGUGAAUACAUUUGCUGCGGCGUAUCUUGGGUUGAGGGUGGUAUAUACGUUGCUUUACAUUAAUGUUACGAGGAAUCGCUCGAGUUUCUGGAGGACGGGGAUAUGGAUUGAAGAGAAAGAGGGGGACAUGGGAUAUAGGGAUGUAUGUAUAGUCGAACUGGGCAAGGCGACCCGCGGUUUGAUAGGCGUUGUUGGUCAGGCUGAGAAAACCGAGUUCUUCUGUAGUGAAGUGCCUCGGGGAACUUGA